GGCAAUUUUAGGUUGCUGGAACCUGCCAUACUUCGUCUGCUUGACAGACAGUAGCAUCGCUUUGCAGUCAUGGCAGUCUCGACGAAAACACGUGGUAAAAGCAUAAACGACCCUAAACUACAAAUUGAAAAUGCUGCUAAAAAGAUGACGCCAGAAGUUUAUUUUGCAAGAAAGUUAGCAUCAAACGAAAAAAAAAUUCGUGACCGGUCACUUAAGAAAUUAAGAAGAUGGAUCGCAGCGCGAUCGACAGUCCCAGAUGCUUUUACCGAUGACGAACUCAUGAAAUUAUGGAAAGGGCUGUUCUACUGUAUGUGGAUGUCAGACAAACCUUUGAUACAAGAGGAUCUAGCUGAGACCAUUUCAGGGCUUGUCCAUUCUAUUGUUGAUCGCAUGACAGGGCUAAAGUUCGUUACCACUGCCCUCAAAACAAUGGCUCGUGAUUGGUCUGGCAUUGACACCUGGAGAAUGGAUAAAUUUUUGAUGUUUGUGAGAAGGAUUAUUCGGCACAGUUUAGAAUAUCUAGCACAAGGAGAUUGGAAGAAAGAAGAAGUAGAUGCCUAUUCCAAAAUGCUAUCGGAAGUCAUCAUCAAUGCAAAUGAAAGCACAGCUGUAUUAAAUGUCCCCAUUGGCCUUCAGCUUCAUGUAACAAACUUAUUUCCUGAAGAGUUAGCCAAGGCGGGAGGAGAAGGGUUAAGUUCUUCAACUAUUUCAAAGAUGUGUGAACCAUUUGCCAAAUGCCUUGCCACCAGUAAUGACUACAGAUUGAAGAAGGAUGUCCACCAACAUGUUUUCACUUACUUGAUCAAGCAAAGUGAUGAAGCGUUGGUGUAUGAAGAACUUGGUCUUGAUAAACAAGCCAUCAUCUCCAUGAGUGAUGCUAAAGCUAAUAGGAAAAAAGAAAAGAAAUUUAAAAAAAACAAACUUUCAUUUGUUGUUCAAAAUGAGCAAAAUGAAAAAAUUGAAGAGGAGAUAAAUUCACCUUCUGACAUAGAUGAAGGUGCAGCUGAUGGUGAAAGUGAAGACGACAUGGAGAUGGAGGAAUCAAAUUUUGAUUGGGGUGCUAAGGAUCCAAGAGCUGGUGGUAUUGAUGCUAUUAUUCCUCAGAUCAAACCAGACUAUAAUCAAAUAGCCGACAUGCUUUUCCAAAUGGCAUCGGAGAAGUCCGUACGUGCUAAGAAUCGAAAAUCCAUUUACGAUAUUGUUAAGAAAUUUCGUGACUUGGCUAGCGGAAUAUAUCCUUUGGCUGUUAGUUUCCCGACUGUUGGACCCGGUCUGACACCAAGAAGUAUGAAAUCAGCCGCAAAGCAGUUUAUUAAGGACGAACUUUCUAUGACUGAACAGAGGAACGCGGACAGAAUGGAGAUGAGAAAAUCGUCGAAAGCAUACAAAAAACUUCAAGGAAUAAAAACGGACAUCUUGGGUGAAACAAUCGAGGAUAUUUUCGAAGACGAUGACGAUGAGGCAGCAGUAGAUGAAGAAAGAAGUAAUGUUGCUGAUCUCGUUGAUGACGAUGUAGAAGAUGACGAUCCUGUCCGAGAAUUAUAUUCUUCUGAUGAAGAUCAUCCUUCGGACGAAGACGAUGAAAUCUCAGACGACGUAGAAGAUGGAAAAAAAGUAGUGGUGGCCCCCAAACAAAUUGCCAAGAUGGCUCCAAAGUCAAAACGUCCCCAAACGACUUUCGAAGUCGAAAAAAGUUGGGGGGAAGAAGCAGUUCCUCCCCUAGCUUCCAUGCAACAGUUAAAACAGAAGCUGAAAGCUGAAAAAAGGCAAAAGAAUUCUGGUUGGACUGUAAGUCCAUCCAAAGGCGAAAUAGAGAUUGUAAUUCCCAACAAGAAAUUCAAAGGCUCUCAGCAAUUGCGGACUACACAAGCACCAGCGACGUCUGAGAACAAUAAAACAAAUUCAUCUACGAACAGUGGAAACCGGCGAGUCAAUUUUGUACUCAACAAAAACACUGCUCAAGAACCUAAAGACUAUCAAGAGUCCCUACGGAAGAGUCCUGGAGUUCCGCAUGAUCCGGAUCGUCAACCCAGCGGUGGUAGUGUGUUAAAGCGAAAUGACACUAACACCAUAAAAUUUACGUCAUCCCCAGUAACUCGCAAGCCCCAACACACUGGGCGAAAGUCUUCUAGAUUCUGAAAUGAAGUUUUACUCUAACUUCAAAUUCAAAGAGUUAACUUACUUUGAAGCUUUCGGGCUACUAUUCACUGUCGCACCUUGACUCGCAAUCACAACAUCGUGUAGCAGGAAGUCUCUUCCGAAUAAAUUUGACAAAUGACAAUACAGUCAUGUUUAAAUUA